CCGACGGGAGAGCGCGGCCCCGCUCUUGGGCCUCGGGGGGGAGAGGAGCGAGAGCGGCCCACAUCGAGGUGAUUCCCUGCAAGAUCUGUGGGGACAAAUCCUCGGGGAUCCACUACGGCGUCAUCACCUGUGAGGGCUGCAAGGGCUUCUUCCGGCGCAGCCAGCAGAGCAGCCUGAGCUACGCCUGCAGCCGGCAGCAGAACUGCCCCAUUGACCGCGCCAGCCGCAACCGGUGCCAGCACUGCCGCCUGCAGAAGUGCCUGCGCCUCGGCAUGUCCCGCGACGCCGUCAAGUUCGGCCGCAUGUCCAAGACGCAGCGGGACCGGCUGCAGGCCGAGGUGCAGCAGCAGCUCCAGCAGCGGCAGCGGGCGGCAGAGGGGGCAGCGGGGGGGCUGCCGGGGCACCGGGGCCUGGCGCUCACCCCCACCGGCACCCGCCCCGGCGGCGCAGACGGCAGAGCCGGGACCAUGGCACCGGUGGAGCCACGACCGAUGGAGGGGAGCAAACGGGGCCUGGAUGGGGAUGGGGACAGACGCGGGCAUGGGGACAGCUUCUACCCCCGCCCUGAUGCUGGCACCGUCCUGGAUCAACCCACGUCCUCCAGUGUGGAGAUCGAGCAGCUCACCCAGAACGUGCUCAAGUCCUACCACGAGACGUGCCAUCUCCGUGCCGAGGACCUGCAGCGCCGGCGCUGGGACACCUUCUCCCGCGAGGAGAUCUCCGCCUACCAGAAGAAGCCGAUGGAGGAGAUGUGGCAGCGCUGCGCCGUGCGCAUCACUGAAGCCAUCCAGCACGUGGUGGAGUUCGCCAAGCGCCUGCGCGGCUUCAGGGAGCUCUGCCAGAACGACCAGAUCGUGCUCCUUAAAGCGGGCGCCAUGGAGGUGGUGCUGGUGCGCAUGUGCCGCGCCUUCAACGCCGACAACCGGACCGUGUUCUUCGAGGGCAAGUACGCCGGUGCCGAGCUCUUCCGGUCGCUGGGCUGCCAUGAGCUCAUCGGCUCCAUCUUCGACUUCGCCCAGAGCCUCUGUGCUCUGCAGUGCUCGGAGCCCGAGGUCGCCUUCCUCAGCGCCCUCGUCCUCGUCAAUGCCAGCCGCCCGUGGCUGCAGGAGCCGGUGAAGGUGUCGCGGCUGCGGUGCCGCCUGGAACUUGCCUUCCAGCUGCUGCUGCGCCGCACGCGGCGCGAGGGGCUCCUGGACAGGCUGCCGCCGCAGGGCCGCCUGCGGGCGCUGUGCUCGCAGCACAUGGAGCAGCUCCAGGCCCUGCGCCGCCGCCAUCCCCCGGCUCUGCUCGACGCCUUCCCCCCGCUCUACCGGGAGCUCUUCGCUGGGGAGGCUGAAGGCACCGGUGCCGCACGAUGAACCCCGGCACCGCACCGGGAGCCGGCACCGCACCGGGCCCACACCCGCGGU